UUUGGUUGUGGUCGUAAACCACCCGAUUGUGGAGAUAACAAAGAUAACAGUGAUUCCUUAUGACUUGGAUCAUUCUUAUCCAAAUGUUGUAGCUGCUGUAGUUGGUUUUGGUUUGGUGACAAAGUUUCUAAUAAGGUUUGUUGGAGAUUUUGAGGUGGAUUCCUGUUCGUAAUACCUGAAGGUGGAUGCAUGAUCGUUGAGAUCUGAGAAUGGUUUUGUAAAUGUUGCUGUUCUUGUUGCUUCUGAAAUGGAUGUUGAUUACCUUGCAAUAAGAAAUUAAUUGGUACAUUCGUCGAAGCAUUUGUUGGUAAAGAAGGAAUCUGAGGUACUGAGGGAACCGGUGGCAUUUUUGGAGGCAUAAAUGGUGGUGGAAAUGGCUGCAAAUUAGGCAGUGGCGCAGUUGAUGGGAUUGCUGGGUUGACUUUCGGUGAAGAGGACUGAAGAAUCUGUAAAGGAGACUGAUGACUAGCUACUGGUGUACCAUAAUGAGAAGAAUGGUUAGAAUUAUUCGCGACGUUGGUUGAAGCACAUUGACUAAAUAAAGCGUCAACUGAAGAGACGUCUUGGGACGGCGUCGUUAAUUGAGAAAAUAAACUAUCGAUUGGGUUAUCCGAGGUUUCUUUAUCUGGCGAAAGGAUUGCAUUCGGUUUGUGUUUCUUUAUGAAGCUUUUAAGGCGUCUAAAGAGGUGUUAGGAGGUCUAAUCUUAAUACAUUAUACGAUUCUCACCCUAUGAAAGGAGUAAUCAAGUAGAAUUUUGAAGUAGAAAUAUGUUUAGUAUUCUUAUUCCAGCUUGGUAAGUCAGUCAAUUUAAACCAUUGUAUCUUUGAUAUCUCCUUCCUUGUUUGGGUUUUAAACUCAGUGUUCAUAUCCACAUUUUGUAUCAAGUAAAGUCUAAUCUUCUGGUCUUUUAUAGCGACGUCAAUAAAGUCGGUCUCUAUCAGCUUUGAUGUACAAUCAUAUCCAGUCUCCUCUAAAACCUCUCUAAUUGCGCACAAAUGGUGCUGUUCGUCUAAAUUAAUUUUACCUUUGGGGAAAGACCAAGCGGAGGAUUGUUUCCAGCCUUUGACCAAUAAACAGUGUGUAUAUUGAGGGUUUAAUAUGAUAGCCCCACAAACAGGUACUCUAGUUUUAUAUCUAAUGAAAUCAGCAAACGCUUUCUCGUGCAAGUGGUAGUUUUUGGAUAAUAACGGGCAGUACUUGAAGAACUGCUGACUGAAUUGCUUUAAAUGGUAGCUUGGUAACUCUGGUUGACAUUCACGAAUGAAAUCCUCGUAAUACCAAUGAGCAGCUUCAACUUGGAAGCACAACCUUUCUAAAGAUUGCUGCUCUUCUAGAGGUAAAUUUAUUAUAAAUUUUGUCGAUAAAUUCAAAAAUAUUUCUUCCAUCACGCUAUCAUGAGUCUAAUUAGACAGAGGAAGGAUUACUUGAAUAAAUUAUAUAAAAAUUUGCUAGAACAACAAAAUUUAUUAUUCUUACAAUUCAAUAACUUUAACGUAAAGGAAUUAAACCAAUUGAGGUCUAGAUUGGGUGAACUUGAUAGCAAUUUAACCGUUAUUAGGUCAGGCGUUUUUAGAGGUUUAACAGAAGAUAUCAAACUUAAGAACUUGCUUAAUGGAAAUAUCUGCUUGAUUUCCUUCAACGAGCUUAAUCCAGCGAAUUUGAAGAAGGUCCUCACACAGGUAGAUACCAUCAAAUCUAAUUCAAGAUUCAAGGCUAUGCCUUUAACAAACCAAUCAACUGACACUGUCGCCGUCAAUCCAAAGUUAACUCUCCUUGGUGGUCACAUUAAUAACCAAACUGUCGAUAUUUUCACUAUAAGACAACUCGCUAACUUACCUACACUCGAACAAAUACACGCACAAAUAUACUCCCUUAUUACGACGCCGUCAUCUAGAAUACACUCUCACAUUCAACACCCAAGCCAGCACCUCUCACUCUUACUUAAAAGUCAUUCAAAUCAUCAACAAGUUUAG